AGGGAAUCCCCUUGGGCCUUCGGGCAGGGCCCAGGGACAGAGGUCACCGGCCCCGACCCGACCUGUGCCCAUCCCUAUUCAGUCUACAUACCUAAACUGUGUCCUUUGCUUAAUUAACUAUCAAAUAUGUCAUAAUUUUUCAAAACUGAAUUAUUGGAACAAAUUGAGAACAUUGGAUGCCAAAAUCCAAGUGGAAAAACCCAAAAGAUAGAUUUAGUGGUUUCUACUCCUUUGUUGUCAUAUUCUUGUGUAUUUCUUUCAGUAAAGAGCCAACUGAAUGGCCCAGCCUUAGAAAAUAAAAUACAAAAAUCUUCCAUUGCUCUCAAUUAUUCCAUCUUGGAACUAUAGAACAAACGAAAGGCUCUUCAUUUUAUCUCUGCUCUAUUUCUCUUAAUUAGCUAAAUGGAAUAUGCCACCAAGCCGGAAGUAGCCUAUGACUUCUCUCCGGUGAUAAUAAUGUACAAAGAUGGCCGCGUAGAGAAGCUUCAAGGCUCCGAAAUCGUUCCCCCGUCUCUUGAUCCCAAGACCAAUGUUGAAUCCAAAGACGUUCUAUAUUCACCUGAAAAUGGCCUUUCCGUCAGGCUUCACAUCCCGAAAAACACCAACCGAAACCAAAAGCUUCCGCUUCUAGUUUACUUCCAUGGAGGAGGCUUUUACAUCCGUUCCCCUUUCACCCCUCAAACCCACAAUCUCCUCAACUCCUUAGUUGCAGAAGCUAACAUCAUUGCAGUCUCGGUUGAAUACAGGAAAGCCCCGGAGCAUCCCGUCCCUUGCGCUUUCGACGAUUCAUGGACUGCGCUUCAAUGGGUUAAGUCUCAUGUAAACGGAGCAGGCCCCGAGGAUUGGCUCAACGAUUAUGCUGAUUUCCAGCGAGUGUUUUUCUGCGGGGACAGCGCCGGAGCUACCAUAGCUCACCAUAUGGGCAUAAGACACGGCCAAGAAAAGCUUGAAGGCGUUAAUGUGAAAGGUAUUGCUUUAUGUCAUCCUUAUUUUUGGGGCAAAGAACCUGUCGGUGAUGAGUCAACUGACGCAGAAUUCAGACAACGGCGGGAGAAAUAUUGGAGAGUGGCUUGUCCGAGCUCAAGCGGGUGCGACGACCGGUGGAUAAAUCCAGCGGCUGAUCCGAACCUGGCGAGGCUGGGGUGCCGGAGGGUGUUGAUUUUUGUUGCGGAGAAGGAUUUUCUUAGAACAAGAGGAUGGUAUUAUUACGAGAAGUUGAAGGAAAGCGGGUGGGGAGGUAAUGCGGAAAUUACAGAGACUGAAGGAGAGGGCCAUGUUUUCCAUGUGAAAAAUCCCACUUGCAAAAAUGCCGUGGCUAUGCUCAAGAGAAUCGCUUGUUUCUUCAAUCAGGAAUAAUAAAAAAAUUAUGGUUAUUAAUUAAUGCCAUGUAAGCACAAUUUUUAAAAAUUAAUAAAAGAAAUAAUA